GCUUUCAUUCGCGUCUAGUCCACGCUCUUAUCAUCUACCCCCGUUGAAACCAGGGGCUGCCUAAUCCGUAUGGAGAACCACGGUUAGUUAACCGCGAUAUUUCAUAACAUCGUGAUAUGAUGUCGAGGUUUAAGGUUUCAAAAAACAAUUGUUAUCUGGUUGAUUUUAAGAUUUGUUUCUGUUCUGACGAUGGUUUUGUUUUUUUUGAGAUUGGAAUCAAACAGUAGAUAAGAACAAAAAUCUGGGUAAGAGAGAGACUAAUGCUGCUGAUAUAUAUAUAUAUGUGCGCUGAUCUUUAUUGCUCUGAAGCGUGCCGUGCAUUGGGGAGAUGUGAACUCUGUCAUGCCGUACUGUAUACGAUCGAUGCUAUUAAUGUCUCCCUUCCUGCCCGUGCAUGAAUGAAGUCACUGCAAUCGAAUCAAAUCAUAUUCUGCAGAUUUCUUGAAUUGAAAAAUAGCAAACUGCAAAGCUUAUUCUUUUUCGCUUUUUUUGCAUUUGCUUGAACUGUUGUUGCUGUAACAGUUGAAGGUUUACCGUUUACCAGACGGGCAGACGUUGUUACCAAAGUUCAUCAUUCCUCUGGAAGGUCUUCUGAAUUUCAAGUAUUUUUAUCCUUUUGUGAAACUGUUGUAUUGUCAUUUAUUUUUCUGGGAGCGUCUGAAUCUUGAAAUUGAUCGGAGAAGAAGAAAUAUCUGUCAUCAAGACAAAAUGUGCAGUAAGCUCCAUCUGUGAAAACUUCCAAACUUCGAUAGAGGCCUUUCGAGGGAGACUGCUUACCAUCUAUUUUUUAGUUAAUUUGGAGCUUCAAAAAUUGCAAGAAAGGUCUCUUCCAGAAAGUCUUUGAGUCUCUGUAAAGAGUCUCCGGCCGCUUAUCUUUUGAUUUUAAUGCUCAGAAAAGAAGGUGAAAAAGUGGACUUUUAUUUUCAUAGAACCAUAGGCCUCCCCCAACGGUGUGAAUUUAAUGAAGUGGUUCACUUCUUAUGCAUGCUUAACUUGUUUUUUUGAUAUUUUUUCGGUUGCUCACAGCAUUUACUGUCAUACUGAGUUAUAGACUGGAGCUCCUUCAAGCGCUGCGGAGUAGAAGCCUUUAUUUCCUUGAAAAAAAUUCCAGUAUAAUAAUCAUAAAAUAGCCUGUUUUGUUUUAUCGCUGAUUUUCAACUCUCAAAAUUCGCAUUCUAAGAAUGGAGGCAGAGAAGUGCUUGGAUUCUCAGCUAUGGCACGCCUGCGCCGGAGGUAUGGCCCAGAUGCCUCCGGUUAACUCCAAGGUCUUCUACUUCCCUCAAGGCCACGCCGAGCACGCCCAGGCCCACGUCGAUUUCACCGCCCUACCCAGAAUCCCUGCUUUCAUUCCUUGCCGAGUUGGGGCCGUGAAGUUCUUGGCUGACCCUGACACCGAUGAGGUUUUCGCCAAGAUCAGAUUGGUUUCAAUGAGAAACUCUGAGCUUGGCUUUGAUGACGAUCGUGUUCUAGGGUCAGGUGGGUCUGAGAAUCCAGAGAAGCCCGCUUCCUUCGCGAAGACAUUGACUCAAUCAGACGCCAACAACGGUGGCGGUUUCUCGGUUCCGAGGUACUGCGCCGAGACGAUCUUUCCGCGACUGGAUUACACGGCGGAUCCACCGGUUCAGACAGUGAUUGUCAAGGAUGUUCACGGCGUGGCCUGGAAAUUUAGGCAUAUUUAUAGAGGGACGCCGCGUCGGCAUCUGUUGACGACUGGGUGGAGCACAUUCGUGAACCACAAGAAGCUGGUUGCAGGGGACUCUGUUGUGUUCUUGAGAGCUGAAAAUGGUGAUCUUUGUAUCGGUAUUCGGCGAGCCAAGAGGGGGAAUGGACUGUCUCCAGAGUUUCCAUCUGGGUGGAACUCCGGUCCCUGCCAUACUGAUUCACCAUAUGGUGGAUUUUCAGUGCUUUUGAGGGAGGACAACACAGUAAUGCGAAAUGGUUGCGGAAAUUCAAGUCCCAGUGGCAAUUUGAGAAGAAAAGGAAAGGUGAGGCCUGAAUCGGUUACUGAAGCAGUCGCUCUUGCUGCUGCUGGGCAGCCAUUUGAGGUUACAUAUUAUCCCAGGGCAAGCACGCCGGAAUUUUUUGUUAAGGCCUCGGCUGUGAAGGCAGCGAUGAGGAUGCAAUGGUGCUCUGGGAUGAGGUUUAAGAUGGCAUUUGAAACUGAGGAUUCUUCCCGGAUAAGCUGGUUCAUGGGAACCAUAGCUUCUGUUCAGGUUUCUGAUCCCCUACGUUGGCCUAAUUCCCCCUGGAGGCUUCUUCAGGUGACAUGGGAUGAGCCAGAUUUGCUACAUAACGUGAAGUGUGUCAGCCCAUGGUUGGUUGAACUGGUAUCACACAUUCCCACCACUCAUCUCUCACCCUUCUUACCACCAAGAAAGAAAUUGCACCUCCUGCAACACCCAGACUUUCCCCCUGAUGGCCAAUGUUCACUGCCAUCAAUUUCAGGCAACCCCCUUAGGCCCAGCAGCCCCAUGUGUUUUCUAUCGGAUUACACUCUUGCAGGCAUACAGGGAGCCAGGCAUGCUCAAUUUGGAAUAUCUUUAUCAGAUCUCCACUUUAACAGCAAACUGCAGUCAGGGCUGUUUCCAGCCAAUGUCCAGCGGUUGAAAAUACCUGCAAGAACUUGCGAUGGCAUCUUGGCAGGCGACAAAAACAGCAAUGAAAACUUAUCUUGUUUGCUGACCAUAGGAAAUUCUUGUCAGAAUUUGGAGAAAUCAGAUAAUGUGAAAAGACACCAGUUUUUACUUUUCGGUCAACCAAUACUCACUGAGCAGCAGAUCUCUCGGAGUUCUAAUGACAAAGUCUCACAAAUUCUUGACAGGAAAAAUACAUCAGAUGAGAAUCAAGAAGUGAGGUUUCUUUCUGAUGGUUCAGGAUCCACGCUCGAGCAGCUUUCACCCGAAAAAUCAUCAAGUGCUGGAUCUUCAUGGCACCAGGGUUUCCAAGACACUGAACUUGGGCUGGACACUGGUCAUUGCAAGGUAUUCAUGCAGUCGGAGGAUGUGGGACGCACACUUGACCUAUCAGUUUUUGAUUCUUAUGAAGAGCUGUACAGGAGGCUAGCCAACAUGUUUGGAAUAGAAAGAUCAGACAUGCUAAGCCCUGUGCUCUACCAAGAUGCAACUGGUGCUGUCAAGCAAACUGGAGAUGAACCAUUCAGGACGUGGGUUACAGGGAUGAGGAAUGCUGAAAAUGGACUAGAUGCAUCAAACAAGACAGGUCCCUUGAGCAUAUUUGCCUAAUAGUGUGGAUUUUGAUUCUUGUUGAAAAAACUGAAUAAAUCAUGAAGGUUGCGUAUUUCUUUUACAAAAUGUAGUUAGGAGAAACCAGGAAUGAAACUCUUCAUCUUUUUUUUUUUUUUUUUUUUCCUAUUUUUAUGGUGAUGCCUUGGUUUGUUUUGAAUUUUAAAUGUCUACACGUUUGCUGAAAUUUGGUGAUUAACAUUAUGGUGAACUUCUCAUGUAUACGUUUGCCUUGAA